CGCGUGCAGAGCCCAACGCAGCAGACGCUGGGGAGUUGCCUGGCAACCAGGUUGCCGCGGACAGCCACCAGCCGGCUGGCUCCUGGCUCUGGAGACCACUGCGUUGAGUGAUCGCUGCAGAGCUUCAUUGUGACAGCCUUUUGUAGCGUGGAAAGAUGGCUCAUGCUCGUAUCUCCAUGUACCUGCCUCCGAACAUCAAUCCCACCCAAGCUGACAUUGCCUAUGGCUGUUGGGCCCUGCCCAAUCUGCACAGAGAGCUGCAGUCAGAGGACCUGCAGACAAGGCAGAAAGCCCUCAUGGCCCUGUGUGACCUCAUGCAUGACCCUGAGUAUGUCUACGAGGCCAUCAACAUAGGCUGCCUGGAGAGCCUGACAGCCUUGCUGAAGGACAGUGACUCCCUGGUUCGGAUGAAGACCGCGGAGGUGCUCUACAUCAUGGCGACCCACGACGUGGGCAGAACCAGCCUUUUAGAGCAUGACAUCAUCCUUGCCCUGUCCUUUCUGCUGAACGAUCCCCACUCAGCCUGCCGGGAGAACCUGCACCAAGUGUACAAGCAACUGGCCCAGCUGCCUUCAGGGGCCCAGGGCAUCAUCAGCAGUGGCCUGAUCCCUUCGCUGGUGUGGAAGCUGCAGAGAGAAGAGGAGGACAUCCAGGAACUCAUCUUGGAUACACUAGCUCCCUGCCUGCAGGAAGAUGCCACUGAAGCACUGAGCAGCUGUGCUGUGCCCUUCCUCAAGCAGAAGCUCCUUAGCACCAACAAAAACAUCCGCAGCAAAGCUGCUCGGGCACUCAUUGCCAUCAGCAUCCCUUUGGAGGGCAAGAACCAAGUGAGGCAGUAUGAUGUCAUCCCCAUCCUGGUUGAUCUUCUGAAAGACGAGGAGCAGGAGGUUCAGGCCAAUGCUGCAGGAGCCUUGAUGUAUGCCACAGUGACCACUGAAGGGAAAUAUGCUGCCCUGGAUGCAGAUGCCUUGGACCCUCUCCUGCAGCUGCUGUCUUCACCCUUGACCAGGGUACGCCUGAAUGCCACCAAGGCCCUCACCAUGCUGGCGGAGGCCCCUGAGGGCCGCAAGCACCUGCAGCCCCAGGUGCCUGCCUUCCGUAUUCUAGAGUUGGAUGACAACCAGACUGUACAGCGGGCAGCCCAGGUCGCCAUCAAAGUGAUUGAGUGGAAACCCUGAGCUCUGCCACAUUCUCAUCCAUACCUGAAUAAAUAG